UAUGGAUUAGUCUCUUAUAAGGAUGUAUUGUAUUAAGAUAAUAAUAAACAUACUCUUUAGACUUUAUCUAUAAACUACUAUCUUCACAUAUAUUAUCUAUAAUUAUACACAGUUACGAUACGAAUAAUAUGAAUACAAUCAUUUAAUUUAUUGCAUUACUUUUAGGACAUCUACCUUUGAUUUAGGUUCUCUGAUUUUCUUUGGUUCUUGCAAACAAUAUUUGAUCAUAAAAUAUUUUAAUGGAUCAAUCACUAUUAAAUCUAAUAGUAAACUAGGUAGAUAUUCAAUAAACCAUUAUAAAUUAUCACAACUUAGAAAUAUAAUGAGCCAAAUUAUUAUUCCUAUGCUAGAUAUCCAAAAAACUAUUUAAACAUAUUUUAACUUUUGAUGAUGACGAACAAUACCUUUGAUUGCAUGAUAAUCAGUUAUUUUCAA